AUGAGAUUAUCUAGUGCUGUCGCUUUAUGUGUAUUUAUAUGUUCUGCUCUUACAAGUAAACCGUUCGAGCUCCGUAUGGUAACACAUGAUCCCGAGCUUGACAAUGUUCUAAUAACCAAACAUAAAGAGUACAAUGAGUUAUAUGCUGGAAACAGUACAGCUGUUGAUCCUCUUGGGGAUAUUGUUAGAUUUACUGUAAAUGAUGAUGGGACGCUUCAAAAUGAAGCUGGGGUUAAGUUAUCCGUUCUUUCAAGCGAUGAUUUCCCCGCAUUUGGUUUGUCUUUGGACAAAGAUAAAUACCCUGCUUAUGGCUUUUCAAUUAGAGAUGAAAUAUUGUACUAUAAAGAUACAAAAGCAUUUUCCGCAUGUCCUUUCUUUGUCAGAAACAAAUAUGAAAAUUAUCUCUCAACCGAUUUGAAUUUGCCCUGCAGGAACUACAAUUGCUUUAGGUGUAGUAAAAUGUCACUCAUCUACUACAAGUACAACAACUCCCACUCUUCUCCCGACUUCGGUUAA